UAGUCUUUAUUUUGUCAUUACUAAAACCAGCUGAUGGUCCACCAAAUAUAGAAACUGAGUAUAUAUUUUAAUAAGCACAUUAUUAUGAAUCAUGCAAUCUUGAAUAUCAGAGCAAAAAACAAAGGAAGAGAAGAAUGUCUGUAGGAGAAAGGCAUCCAACAAACUCCAACAUGUGGAGUCAAUCAUCCUUAUUAGGAAAGGAUCUAAAUCUACACUCUAUGUCAAGUAUUAAGAAUUGCAAGGACAACAUGCGAAGAAGAUUCAACGACGAGCAAAUUCGGUCAUUAGAACACAUGUUUGAGACAGAGGCAAGGCCUGAACUGAGAACAAAACAGCAGUUGGCUAAAAGCUUAGGCCUACAGCCGCGCCAAGUUGCUAUAUGGUUUCAGAACAAGAGAGCUAGAUCAAAGUCCAAGCAACUUGAGAUGGAGUAUAGAAUGCUUAAAAUCAGUUAUGAUAACCUUGGUUCAAAGUAUGAAAUGCUCAAAAAAGAGAAUGAAUCCCUCCUCAUCCAGUUGCAGAGACUUAGAAAGUUAACUGAAAAGGGUGGCAAUGAAGAGAUUCAGAAUGAAGGCAAUAAAUUAGAAACAGAGGUGAUCAAGUCAGAGUUCAUACCAGAAACUUGCAGCCCUGAAUUUGGCUUACCUUUAGGUGAAGACAGUAGGGAAAUUGACUACUUGGGGCCAGAAUCUGAUAUUCUAAACAUGGCUCAAAUAGCUGAUGGUUUAUCAGAAAUCGAGAACGAGUGUAACUUUGAGUCAAGAACAUUUCUUGAUGAUUCUGAUUGUAGAUCACCCUUGUGGGAGUUUUAGUAUAGAACUUUGCUGUGUAACUUGCCAAUUUUGUAGCCACGCCUCAAAGGUUCUACCGUGUUUCCACACUUCCCCUCCAGUGUGACUCGAACACAGGACCUAACGGUCGUGGGUGGAGGUGCACACAAAGUCAUACUCAUAAACAUAGAGUAGCAAAAUGGUUGUAUCUUGCUUCCCGAUAGUAGAUUCUAAUAAGAAAACACAGAAUUAGAUCAAGUGAAGAUACAGAUAAAUAAUCAUAAAGCACAAAGCAUAUACCAUAAGGUAAAAUGUGAGUCCA